AUGGAAACAUUCAGAAACCUUUUCGCAAAACCCGAUCCCCAAGCACAGUUCCGCAAAUGCAACGCCCUCAUCCGCUCCAAUAUCCGCAAACUAGACCGGGACAUCACCGCCAACAAGCAAAAUGAAAUUAAAAUCAAGAACCUCAUUAUCCAGGCCGACAAGCGCGCCCAGAAAGACCCUGCCCGCGCGAAGCAAGCCCAAAAGGAAGUCCGCGACUUUGCCCACGAGCUCGUUCGCCAGCGCCGCGCCUCCGCCCGCACAAUCACCUCAAAGGCCCAGCUCAACUCGGUCCAGAUGCAAGUAAACGAGGCGUUUGCCGUGCGCAAGAUUGAGGGCUCCAUCCGCUCCAGCGUCGGCAUCAUGAAGGACCUGAACAGGCUGAUACGCCUGCCCGAGAUGGCACAGACCAUGCAACAGCUGAGCACAGAGCUGAUGAAGGCCGGUAUCAUUGAGGAGAUGGUUGAGGAUAUAUUGCCCGAGGAUGGAGAAAUGCUCAUGGAGGACGAGGGCGAGGUUGACAAGGUGCUGGGCGAGAUUUUGAAGGACAGGAAGGAGCCGAGUUUGCCGGUUGCGCCAGUGCCAGAGCCGCAGACACAGGAGGUAGAGGAGGAGGAGGAGGAGGAUGCAGAGGCCAUGAUGGAUCAGAUGCGGAAUCGGUUGGAUGCGCUGAGGAGUUAG